UUCAUAUUUUCGUCUGCUAGGAAGAUACGCAUUAUAAAAUAGUCACUUUGAUAUAAAAUAGUAUAAAAAUUGUUAUAAUUGACACAAAAUUUAUAAAAAAAUAAUAGAAAUUACAAAAAUUAAAUACCAGCUGUGAUUUUGUAACAUCAUUUUCGGAUAUUAUUACGUAAUUUUGUGACAUGCAAACAUUUUCAACGAUCGUAACCAUCAUAUGAUGACUCAAUCUGCAAUGUUCACUUAAAGUGCCAUUGGAUUGUGUGAUUUUGUAAUAAUAAAUUUAAAACUUCAACAGCCUGUAUAUUCUAGAAAACAGAUGAACAAUUUAUUGAAUUGAUACAAAGGAAUCAAAUAUAAAAUAUCUUCAUUUAACAAGAUCAAAAAUUAGAAGAGGAAUGGUAACAGCAAGUUAAAGGUGAAUGAAAUAGAUGAUUUUAAUUGAUUUUUCAUCAAAAUAAAUUGUAACUGAUGGCAAACGUGAAAGACCGAACUCUUCCGGACCUUGACGAUCGGCCUUUCGCAGCGGGAUCAAGAGACUGACUUGAAACGUGCUCUGACACAGGAAAAUCAGUUGAGACGCGACUUUGUAACCGAGCGAAAAUCGUUUCUUGCAUCAAUUGUCUGGAAGAAAAGAUGCUGGGACCAAUAUUCGAAGUACAUGGUCGCUUUUGCGCGAGCCAUCCUCUUGAGGUGAUUGUUGCCACAUUCACCCUGACAGCAUGCAUUCUUAACAUUGAAAUCGGAAAUAGUCAAACGAAAGAGGAAAGUCUGUCAGCCACGCAUUGUUGGCAUGAUCGUUGUUCAUUUGAGGAUCAAAAUGCAGCUGAUGUAAUAUUGAUGACUAUAAUUCGUUGUUUGGCGAUACUCUUCAGUUAUCAUCAAUUACGAAAUCUUCAAAAUACAGGAUCUAAAUACAUUCUUGGUGGAGCUGGACUUUUUACCGUAUUUUCCAGUAUAGUGUUCACUUCAAGUGUUGUGAAUUUUGGCCAAAGUGCUAUUUCCGAUUUAAAGGAUGCCUUCUUUUUCUUUCUUCUGGUCAUUGAUUUGAAUAAGGCACGUUUGCUGGCACAAAUUGCUUCAAGUUCACGAAAUCAGGAGGAAGUUCGUGCAAAUAUUGCACGUGGAAUGACACUAUUGGGUCCAACAAUUACACUCGACACUCUUGUGGAAAUUCUUUUAAUUGGCAUUGGAUCACUUUCGGGUGUCAAGAGACUUGAGAUACUUUGCACAUUUGCCUGUCUUGGUGUCGUUGUUAAUUAUCUCGUGUUCAUGACUUUUUAUCCUGCCUGUUUGUCACUAAUUGUUGAGUUGUCGCGCGGCAAUCACGUAAUGGGCGCUGACAAAAUACUAAUGAUGCCAGGUUUAAAUGAAGAAGACCGGAAACCAAAUCCAGUUGUCGAAAGAGUCAAACUCAUCAUGAUUGCUGGACUUUUCAUCGUUCACGCUCACAGUCGAUGGCCAUUUAAGGAACAGGACCAGGUUGUGAUUAAGGAAUCGGUCUCACCGAUAAAUCAAAAUUUAAUUUUAAACAACGAAAACUCAACGGAUUCACAAUUGAGUUUGGGAAAAUAUUUUUUAAAUUGGAUGCCAUUUAGUCCUGAUAAUAUUGUGAUUGUCAUUCUAUUGGCGGCGUUGGCAAUAAAAUUUGUCUUUUUUGAAGAUAGGGGUGAUAUUGCGAAACAAUUGAAAUUGAAGGAGGAGAGCGCAGACGCGCAAAAAACCGUUACUGAGGAAGGAACGGUGAUGAAAAGUAUGCAUGCAACUGCCGCGAAUUUGGAGUCACAAACGAGGCGUCGAUUUGAAUCCGCAAUGCCCACAAUGCACUCGACUAUUUUUCCUCUUUCUGGAAUGGGUGGCGAUUGGAUUGAAGUUGUUGAUGAUGAGGAAUCAUAUGUGAAACUCAGCGACAAAGAAGUGCAAACUGAUGAUAUUCAACUUGUUGGUUCAUCAAGCGAUGUCAAUAAAGAUGUUGUUCCAAAAAUUCCUCGAACCUUAGGAGAGUGUCUCACCAUUUAUAGAUCAGAGUUGGGAGCCGAUGCACUGACGGACAGUGAAGUAAUUGAUCUCGUGAAACAUAAAUAUAUUCAAUCGUAUCAAUUAGAAAAGGCCGUUGGCAAUAUGGAGCGAGGAGUUGGAAUUCGUCGCAAUAUGCUUGAGGAUAUUGGUAAUUUUUCCGAGAAUCUCGAUGAAUUACCAUAUAAAAGUUAUGAUUACAGUAAAGUCCUUGGCUCAUGUUGUGAGAAUGUCAUUGGCUAUGUACCUGUUCCGGUUGGUGUUGCCGGUCCCCUUAAGGUUGAUGGUGAAUUUAUUCACGUACCAAUGGCAACAACUGAAGGUUGUCUUGUUGCAUCGACAAAUCGUGGUAGUCGUGCUCUUAUAAAUUGUGGUGUAACAAGUCGUGUUGUAGCCGAUGGUAUGACAAGGGGACCAGUUGUUAGAUUUCCAAAUGUUGUACGCGCAAGCGAAGCAAUGGUUUGGAUGCAAAUAACAGAGAAUUUCAAUUCAAUGAAAGCGAGUUUCGAUACUACUAGUCGAUUUGCAAGAUUAUCAAAAAUUCACAUUCGAAUUGCCGGUAGACAUUUGUUUAUUAGAUUUGUGGCAAAAACUGGCGAUGCAAUGGGAAUGAAUAUGUUGUCAAAGGGUACGGAAAAAUCACUUCACACAGUACAGGAACAAUUUCCCGAUAUGGAAGUAUUAUCGUUGAGUGGUAAUUUUUGUACUGAUAAAAAACCAGCGGCUGUUAAUUGGAUUGAAGGACGUGGAAAAAGCGUUGUUUGUGAGGCUAUUGUACCGGCGAAUAUUGUCACAACAGUUUUAAAAACAACAGUGCCAAGUAUUGUGGACGCGAAUAUUAGUAAAAAUAUGAUUGGUUCGGCGGUAGCUGGUAGUAUUGGAGGUUUUAAUGCACAUGCUGCAAAUAUUGUAACGGCAAUAUUUAUUGCGACUGGACAGGAUCCAGCGCAAAAUGUUGCGAGUAGUAAUUGUAUGACAUUAAUGGAACCAUGGGGACCAGAUGGUACGGAUCUUUAUAUUUCUUGUACAAUGCCAAGUAUUGAAGUUGGUACUAUUGGUGGUGGAACGGGACUUCCGGCUCAAGGUGCUUGUUUGGCAAUGUUGGGCGUAAAAGGUGCAAAUUCCGAUGAUCCUGGACAAAAUUCAAGUAAAUUGGCGAGAAUUGUUUGCGCGACAGUUUUGGCAGGUGAACUCUCGCUAAUGGCAGCUCUCACUGCUGGACAUUUAGUUAAAAGUCACCUCAGACACAAUAGGUCGUCAACGACAAUAGGAAAUCCAGUACCGGUAACACGAAGCGAUGCUUCAGGAAAUUUGUCAGUUGCCAGUGUCCUUCCAUCGCUUCAGGCAAUGUGUAAAGACUCGAAUCGAUCGUAGUAUUAGUUAUAAACAUUAAUGAAUCCGUCACUAUUUUUUUCGAGGAUUGAGAAAAAAAAACCCCCUCUUUUUUUUAAGUGGAGAAAAAAAUCAAACAGAAACAAGAGGGGAGAAAAUAAAGUCAAAAUCCUUGAGAAAGAUUUUUUUAAUUAAUAACUUAGAAAAUAAUUAAAUUGGGCUUUGUCUGAUUUACUUUCAGAUUUUGUAAUUUAAUUUCUAACGGAAGAGAAUAGAAAGAGAAUUCUUUUUUCUUAACACAUUAUAAAUAUUGUACAAAUGGAUUGCUUAAAUGAAUAUAGUUUUAAUAAUUAAAGUUAAAUAAUUGUAAUUAGCGUACGAGAAGAAAAAAAAAACAGUUCUUUUUUUUUCUUCGAAUACAUAAAUAGGUUUAGGUUUCUUUUAAUCGGAAAUAAAUGCAAGUAACCCUUUCUGCGGAUACAAUUCUUAACAAAAAAUUUUUUUUUAUUACCUAGAAAAUGUAAAAGAUUUUUUUUUUGCUUUCUUUUUAUAUUAUUGACAAAAAAAUACUGCCUAAAGUAUCGUGCCAAAGACGGAAAGGGUUCAUUAAUUGCAAUUGACAAUAAACACUUUACAAUUUCUCAUUAAUGUAAUAGAAAAAUUGCAUAAAUUUGAAAUAUCACUUUUACAAAUAUUAAAUACGUAAAAAAAAGUUUGUGUAUUUAAAAUGUAAGUUGAAUCAGUCACAAAAUUUACAUUAUAUUAAAAUGUAAGACAAUUUAUAUAUUGAUUUGAAAUAUAAAAUUUUUUUUUUUAUCGAUUUUUAAUGCAAGAAAAAUUACAUUAAUUUUAAAAAUGUAAAAAAAAUGAGUUACGGAUUAACUUUAAAGUAAUAAUUAAAAUUUUAUUCGAAAAAUUUUUUUUUUAUCAGCAAUCACGUGAAACAAAUUAAAAAUUCGUAGAAUUUAUCUGCAUGAUUCAGGAUUUAUUUAUUAUUGAAAUAUUCAAAAUUAAUUCAAUUUAUUCAGAAUAAAGAAAAUAUUCUUUAAAAAAUAUAACAUUAAACUGGAAAAAUAUCAUUGACCAUAUAACAGAAUAGUCAAUUUUGACGUUAACAAUGAGUAAAAGAAAAAAGUCUGAUUUUCAUCGAUGAGAAAAAAAUAAUUUCAUAUUCCUCUAAGUAAUUAUUAUAAUUUAUUUUUUACAUUUUUUUAGUAAUGAAAUUCCAAAUUUAUUGACGAUUUCUUUUCUUUGCGUUUAUAUGCAUAAUAUUAUUUUAAUAGGUAUAAUUUACUGUUACAAAGAUUUGAAAAAAAAAUCUUUUUAUCACAUUGUACAUAAUAGAUUAGGAAUAGGAUUUUAUUUGUAAAUUUUUUUGUUAUAGACAUUAAAUAGCGAAUAGAGAUAAAAUGAAAAUGCAGCUGAAUUGCAAAUAUAGAAAUGAAUAAAAAUGCGCAAUUUAAAAUGCAAAUAUUGUUAAAUCCGAUUUUAAGAGUUUCAUUGAUACUUGAAUUAGUUUUUAAGCAAUAAAAUAUUUGUCGAGUUUUCAUUGUUCCUUGGAUUUAACAACAUUAAAGCGCCAUAAAGAGAGUGAAGUGAAGAUUUUAUAAAGUAAGAUUUGGAAGAGUACCUGCCAAAGGAACAUUUUUUUUGUAAAUUAUUUAAAAAAAAAAAAAAAAGAUGUUAAUGCAUAAUUCUAAUAAUAGUUUUCUUCAGUUAAUAAAUUUUAUGAUAAGUUAUUUUUCGCGACGUAGAUUUUAAUUAUAUCAAUGUUAUAACAAUUCUACAACAAAUUUUUAAAAUGCAUUUUUGGGAAUUAUUGAAACAUUCAUCAAAUUAUGAAUAAAUGGAAUAAUUUAACA